CCCUUCUUCACAGAGCAGCAGCACAGUACGGAAAACGUCAAAGCGGGGACGAUCCAGCCGAGCAUACACUUUCUGAAUUUUACUGUAAUAUUACAACAAAACAGUAGAAGAUGGCCUCUACUAAGGAGAAGCUGAUUGCUCAUGUGAGUAAGGAGGAGCCUGCAGGCCCCACCAACAAGGUGACAGUGGUGGGUGUGGGAAUGGUUGGAAUGGCUGCUGCCAUCAGCAUCCUGCUCAAGGAUCUGACCGAUGAGCUCGCCCUAGUGGACGUGAUGGAAGAUAAACUGAAGGGAGAGGUGAUGGACCUGCAGCAUGGAAGCCUCUUUCUCAAGACGCACAAGAUAGUGGCUGAUAAAGACUACAGUGUGACCGCAAACUCCAAAGUGGUCGUUGUGACUGCUGGAGCCCGCCAGCAGGAGGGUGAAAGCCGUUUGAACCUCGUGCAGAGGAACGUCAACAUCUUCAAGUUCAUCAUCCCCAACAUUAUCAAGUACAGCCCCAACUGCAUCCUCCUGGUUGUGUCAAACCCAGUUGACAUCUUAACCUAUGUGGCCUGGAAACUGAGCGGAUUGCCCAGGAACCGCGUGAUCGGCAGCGGCACAAAUCUGGAUUCGGCCCGGUUCCGUCACCUGAUGGGAGAGAAGUUGGGCAUCCACCCUUCUAGCUGUCAUGGAUGGGUUAUUGGAGAGCAUGGAGACUCCAGCGUUCCUGUGUGGAGCGGUGUGAACGUGGCUGGUGUGUCUCUCCAGGGACUGAACCCCGACAUAGGUACAGAAAAAGAUAAAGAGGACUGGAAGAGUGUCCACAAGAUGGUGGUUGACAGUGCUUAUGAGGUCAUUAGGCUGAAGGGCUACACCUCCUGGGCUAUUGGUAUGUCUGUAGCUGACCUGUGUGAAAGCAUGUUGAAGAACCUGCGCAAGUGUCAUCCAGUGUCUACGCUGGUGAAGGGAAUGCACGGUGUGAAUGAAGAGGUCUUCCUCAGCGUGCCUUGCAUCCUGGGUAACAGCGGCCUGACAGAUGUUGUGCACAUGACCCUUAAACCAGACGAGGAGAAACAGCUGGUGAAGAGCGCCGAGACCUUGUGGGGCGUUCAGAAGGAGCUGACUUUAUGAACUUCAGUUCUCUCCAAAAUGUAGCCAGUGUCACAGAUUUCAGUCCUCAUUUACUCCCCCCUCUAUCUCCAGACCUUAAAAAACAUACUAUCUGUAACCUUCAUUAGAUAUCUCCAAGCCAGUCUCAGACCUUUAGAUUGUAACACUCCUUAUUUAAGCGACUUCAGCUGCAGAGGAGAAUUUGUUUAUUCCUGUUGUCUGUACGAAGAUCAUAGUGUUUGUAAAAGUCUGUAUCUGUGUGUUAGCCUAAUGUAUAUUCAAGAAAGAAGCACUUCUGAGCAAGACGAUGUGCAAUUUGAGUCUCCAUUUGAUUAUUUGUUUCUGUUAUGAGCUCAGCUAGCAUUCCGUACCACUUGCGUCCAGUAUUUAGCGUAUACGCAAUUGAUCUUUUUGGAAAGAACACCAAGUAAAACCAAAGCUUUACAAAAUAGCAGUUUCAUUGAGUGUGUUUAAAUUAGUGAUCGACCGAUAUGCGUUUUUCAAUUGCCGAUGUCGAUACUGAUAUCUAGAUAGCAUGAUGGCCGAUAUACAGUAAAUGCCGAUACACCUUAUACAAUUUAACACGAGCAAAUUAGAUGUACACUAAAUUUCUAAAGUGAAACAAACUCAAUUACUCAAAUUUGCAUAAACUUGAAAAGAAAAAACCUUGAAAACAGAAAGUGUUGACUAUCCAUUGAAAAAUUUAAAAGCAGAUUUUGGAACAGGCACAAGGGAAAGUUUACACUUUUUGUUAAUAGACUAAGCGCACACGGUUAUCAGCCAAUGGCGAUAAUUGCAAAAUGGCCAAAUAUCGGCCGAUAUAUCGGUCUAUCACUAGUUUGCAUGCACAACAAAAUGCUGCUAACUUUAAAAAAUCAGCUCAUUAUUUAAAACCGUUAAUGCUAGGAAAUUGGAAAUUAUCAGGUUUUCGCAUCAGGUUUCGGGUCUUGACGUUAAACCGUAAAAAGACUUGCGCGAUUGAGCUACAUUAAUGAAACAUGAGCAGAACCAAUUUCUGUACACAUUUACGAAUGAUUUACACCGAAAUUAAUUCUGCCUGUGUAUUGCGUAAUUAAUUCUUAAAACCAGUCUUAUCUAAAAUGCCGAGCUGAAUACGACGAUUUGCGUAAGAAUGGUUUUACGAACAAUUUUGAAUUGUCGCAUUGAAUGCAACAGUUUGGUCAAGAUUGGUUUUACAAAUGAAAUGUGCACAAGUCUUGGUGUUUCAAUCAGGUUUUGCAUAAACUGUAUACAAACUUGCCCUGAAUAUAGAACGUAGUUUAAGGCAUUUACAUCGCCUUACACGCUGUCAGCUUAUUAUAAUCAGAGUAAAAUUGUGCAUGUCAAUAAAGCACACUCAAUAAAGACAACCAAUAAUGUGGCAUGGUUUUGUAUUGUAAGUCAACAAGUGUACUGAUUGUCUCACUUGGAAAAGCACUUUUACAUAGGUCAGAAUGAAACCUUAGCAGUGGCAUAAUUUGUUCAUGGAGGUGGAAACCAACAAGAAACGUAACAAAAAAACUAAGCAGAACUCACUGUAAUUUCUGGUAUUUCUGAUUAGAUUUAUGGUUAUAUAACAAUCCCAAAUACUUGUAUUUUUGUGUGUGUAAGCUUUUAUGUAUCAGCUGUUGUCAAUGUUGUAUUUUUAUUUCUGUAAGUGUCGAUUCGUAAGAGCAAGAACACACUCCUAGCUGAGUGGUAAUACACAGCAAUGGUUAUAGCUGUUACUUGAAGCGUGCAAAUAAACAUUGUGACUAACUGCAAAAAA